ACACGCUUUUCACCUUUCACAAUUUUCAUUCUCCCAAAAACCACGAGUUUUCAUCUUUUUUUUUUUCUUCUUUCAUACUCUCUACGCCGCCGCGUUCACCGGAGCACCAUUCAUUGCAUGGCAGUUUCCUUUCUGGCAUAUGAGUUAUCUGAACUCUGUCUCGGUAAGCCGCCGUUGAGGUCGGUAUCGACGUCGGCGACCAUCGCGGAGGCAAUUGAUGUUUUGAGAAGCUCCGGCGAGAGUUUCGUGAGUGUUUGGCAGUGCGACCAUUCGGAAUUUGGUCGAUGUGAAUGUGUGGGGAAAAUUUGUAUGGUUGAUGUUAUUUGUUUCCUUUGUAAAGAGGAAAGUCUUUUGUGUCCUUCUUCUGCUCUUAAGGCUUCGGUUUCUCAGGUUUUGCCUAGGGUUCAUGAUCUUGUUGUGCAUCUAGAACCUUCUUCUAGCUUAUUGGAAGCUAUUGAUCUCAUACUCAAGGGAGCACAGAAUCUUGUGGUGCCAAUUUUACCCACAAAAAGAGGUGGCAAUUCAAGGAGAAAACAGCAACAGAAAUCACUAGCAAUCAACAGCCAUAAUGGUGUUGAAUUCUGUUGGUUAACUCAAGAGGAUGUGAUAAGGUUCUUGCUCGGUUCCAUUGGCCUCUUCACACCGCUCCCAGCACUUUCCAUCGAUGCUCUUGAUAUCAUCGACUCUGAUGUCCUCGCCAUCGAUUAUUAUUCCCCUGCAUCUUCUGCUGUUGAGGCCAUCUCGAAAUCCCUCACAGAACAAACUUCUGUUGCAAUUGUUGACAACGAUGGGACUUUCAUUGGUGAGAUAUCACCUUUCACACUUGCUUAUUGUGACGAGACGGUCGCGGCUGCGAUCACAACUUUGUCUGCAGGGGACUUGAUGUCCUACAUUGACUGUGGUGGACCACCAGAGGAUCUGGUUAGAAUUGUAAAGGCAAGGCUGAAGGAGAAGAAUUUGGAGAAAAUGCUAGAGGAGUUUACGAUUUUGACCUCCUUGACUGGCGAGGUGUCGGCGUCCUCUUCCUCUGAUGAGGAGACUCCAACAAGGAAUGCGGCGCGGUCGCUGAAGUACUCAAGGUCAUCGAGCUUCUCGCCUAGGUUCGUGAGGAAGGCAGAGGCUAUAGUGUGUCAUCCUAAGAGCUCUUUGAUUGCUGUGAUGAUUCAAGCAAUUGCUCAUAGAGUGAACUACUUGUGGGUUAUUGAAGAUGAUUGCAGCUUAGUUGGUAUUGUUACUUUUUCUAAUAUCUUGAAGGUGUUCAGAGAUCAUUUAGAAAUCAUUUAGAUGUUAGGAUAAUUGAGACAAUGUUUUUGCUUUGGAUGUGGAUAGUGAAGAAUGAACCUUGGCCUGUGAACAUGGCCCUUCUGUUAUGAAUAACUUCAGUUUAGCUAAUGAGGCCUGAUGUUUUUCUUUAUUUAAGUGUGCUUCAAUUCUAAUAAAUUUCUCUUUGAUACAUUUUCUUUGUUAA